AUGGGAGCAGGACAAACUAAGGAAAACAAUGGGGGAUAUAGAAUAAUAAAAAUAAGCGAAAAUGGCCCAGCGAGUAAAUGCAAUUUGGAAAUAUUUUUUGAUUACAUAGUUAAAAUAGAUGACGUAAUAUUACUGGAUGAGUCUAUUAAUACAUAUAACAACUUUAUAGACAAGGUUAAAAGUUAUGAAAAUAAGGAAUUAAUUUUAUAUGUUUAUAAUUGUCGAUAUGCAAAAAUGAAGGAAAUAAAAAUUAUACCAAAGAAAUGGAGUGGGAAUGGAUUAUUAGGAAUAAAUAUAAACUAUGAGCGUUUUAAUGCAUUAUAUGAAGGAGUUAGUAUUUUAAAAUCGUUUAAUAACCCUUCAGAUUUCGAAUGCAAUUUAAUGGAGCAUAGUGAUUAUAUAAUAGGACACGAGAAUAAUAUAAUUAGAAAUAAAAAAGAAUUAACGGAGUAUCUUGAUAAUAAUAUAAAUAUAAAAAACCAAGACGAUUUAUGUAAAUCGCAGAUGUAUAUAUAUAAUAGUAACACUGAAAAGAUACGCAAAAUUAAAAUAAAUCUUGAUGAAAUAUGGCAAAAUAUAGAAUUUGUUGAGGAUAGCAUUAAAACAAAGCAUUUACAAGCAAUUCCUAUUUGUAAUAAAGAAAAUCUAAAUAAUAUAACGGAAGAAAAUAAUUCCAAAGAAAUAUGUUUUCCCCAGAACAAUGGAUUAAAGAAACUUGAACAUGGUAAUGAUGAAUAUUCGGUAGAAUAUGAUAAAGAAAUGAUGAAAAGCCAAAAGAAAGAUCAAUUUGAUUAUUUCAAUAGUAGGAAUGUGGCUUCGCUCUCAACAAAUUCAGAAUAUAAUAAUGAUAAUCGCAUUAUAGAUUUCCAUAAAUCUGAAAAAUUGAGUAAUGAGUAUGUAUGUAGUAAAGACAAUAAUACUGAGAAUAUUUUGCUCCCUCAAAAUACGAAUGAAGUUAGCGAAGUUGAGGAUUUUUGCUAUACAAAUCAGCAAACUAACAUCUCCAUGAAUGUAAAAAAUGAUAAUAAGAAUAGUUAUGAUGAAAAUUCAACGAUCGAAAUUGAAAAAGAUGAAAUUAAAAGAUGUGGAAUUGUGAAUAGUGAAGAAGAGUUUAAUAAUGCCAGUGACAGUAGCGAGUGUGGCGACAAACGAAAGAAUAAUUAUUCGGAAUAUGUCAAAAACAUGAAAAUAUAUACUGAUGAAAUGGCGGAAAUAUAUGAAACUAUGAGAAGAAAUAAUGAAAUACUCAAUAAUAUAAAACAAAUGAACAAAUUGGAAACUUCUUUAGAUGGCUAUAAUAAAAUUAUGUAA